UCAGAUUUAACAUUCUGACUGUUUAAGCAUCUAGCCAGAUCUGUUACCGGGUCUUAACCCAAAAAGUUGCCAAUUCCUUUCCCUUCACAGAUGCUGCCACUGAGUUCCUUCAGCAGUUUGUUUCCCCCCCAGAUUCCAGCAUCUGCAGUCUCUUCCGUCUCCAGUUCGUUGUUUUAAAGAAGCUCCCAAGUGACACCAUCUGACCCCAAACGGUAUUGCAAGAGGAAAUACACUUCGAGAGUAGAAUCAACUUCCUUUUUGAAGUUUAUCCUCGAUGUUGAUUCGGAUCAUUUACAGUGAAGGGCAGCGAAUCAUCGGUUAGAGUGAAGCGCAGAGAGUCAUCAGGUCUCAGAUCUUUCAGAAAGAAGGCUCUACCGCUGUGAGUGUAGGUGUGUUUUCACUGUGCUAUGUGACUGGGUCAUUGACUUCCUCAUCGGCAGACUACAAUCAGUACGAAUUGGCAACAACACUUCCUCCUGGAUAACCUCUCUCUGUACCCAUGGCUGUGUCGCCACAGUUUAGCACCAACUUUAAAUUUGUCGGCCAUAUCACUGUUGGGUGAAUAAUAGAUAACGAUCAGUCAGAGACCAGGUAGACAAGAAUGCUGGAGAAACUCAGCGGGUGACGCGGCAUCUACGGAGCGAAUGAAAUAGGCGACGUUUCGGGUCGAGAUCAGGAGUGAGAUUGAUAAGUGUAGAAAGGAACUACAGAUGCUGGUUUAAACAGAAGAUAGACACAAAAUGCUGGAGUAACUCAGUGGGACAGACAGCAUCUCUGGAGAUAAAGAAAUGGUGGCGUUUCAGGUUCGAGACCCUUCUUCAGACUUAAAGUCAGUGGAAAGGGAAACGAGAGAAACAGACGUUGAUGUAGAGAGAUAUAGAACAAAUGAAUGGAAGAAAUGCAAAAAAAGUAACAAUGAUAAUCAGUAACAACAAUUGAUAAUCUGAUUCAAUGAUGCCAGAACAACAAUGUUGGUUUCAAUGUCAGCAAGACCAAGGAGCCGAUUGUUGACUUCUGGAAGGGCAAGCCAAGGACUCACAGACCUGUCUUCAUCAAUGGGAUGAUGAAGCUUCAAAAUACUGGGCGUACAUAUUUCUGAACAUCUGUCCUGGGUCCAACACAUUGAUGCCCAUCUACGUCUCACCUUCCUUGGAAGAUUGAGCAGAUUCUAUAUGUAGAUGAAUACUCUCUGGAACUUCUACAGUUGUUCAGGAGUGACCAUAUUGACUGAUUGUAUCAUAUCCUGGUUUGGCAACUCGUACACUCAGCAUUGAAGGAGACUAUGUAGACUGGUAGACACAGCCUGGCCCAUUGCAGACAAUGACCUCUCCAUCAUUGAAAGGAUCUUUAGGAGACACUGCCUCAGAAAAAGCAGCCAAUAUCAUCAAAGAGCCACACUUAUUUCAAUCUGACCAUUGGAAAGAAGGUAUAGUUUCUGAAAACCGUGAUCACCGAGUUCAAGAAUAGAUAAUUUCCAACAAUCAUCAUGUUCUUGGGCACUACACACUUACCUCCAGUUUCCUCGGACUCUUUGGUUGUACCCUUUGGCUGUUGCACCAUAUGGUUUAUAGUUACUACUUAAUUGAAUUAAAAAAAUUAUUAUAUAUUCAAUGCCGACAACGGGGACGGAUUUCACGUACAGGACAGGUAAAGGAAAGCCGUUUAUUUUAUGUAUAAAGUGCUCCUUAAGAUGCCUUUAAUUCACAUUUUACGUUGUGAAACGGUGAUUUUUUCCCCAAUACGAACUGGCAGUAUUUUUCCUGCCGAUAUGGGGUUUAAAUUCGCUGCAACCACAACGUUCCAAAUGAUCGCGUUCAAGUAAAACCCACUCGCAAGAUGAUUUAAAUGGCCAUUAAUUUGCAGGUAUUAAACAUUAAAUUCCUUCCAUUUGGCCUAUAAAUCCAUGACAAUGAGAUUUAAAAAUCAUGUUAUAUUGUGCAUUCUUGUGUGUAUGUUAUUUGGACACUUAGGCUAUUUAAAAAUGUUGAUCUUUUCUUAAGAAAUGGAUGGAUGUUUAGAUCUAGUAAUUGAAUUACGUAAUUAGCUACAAUUGGGUAACUAACUAAUUAUAUGCUUUAAUUUCAGGUCAUCCAAGUAAGAUUGUUUCAUAUUCGUUUCAAAAUGCUUCAAUCUAUAAUAACUGAACAUUUCUUUCAGUUCUCUUAAUUUUUAAUAAAGUUAUGGGCUUUUGACUGUCCUCGAUCACAGAUUGUGUGUUAAGUCAAUGGAAAAGCAAUUGGGAAAAAUAUGCUAAUUUCCGAGUAUGAAAAUAGCCAUCACUUUUUUUAAUACUGAAGAUAUGAAAGUGAAUUAGGUGUCAAAUUAAACUUUUUAUGCUUUAUCUGAUGGGAUAAAUUGCAAACUUGAUUUUUAAUAUCUCAAAAUUUUGUAACAUUGCUAUGUUCGUCUCGUAGGGGUGUCCAUAAAUUGGACGUUCGCAUUUUUAAUCUGGGGACAGAUGCAUCACAUCAGUAGAACCUGUGUGUUUCAGUAGGGGCGGGAGCUUAAUUAAGCAGUCAAUUAUUUGUCGGCGGAGACCAGCUAUUGAACGAGUGGCCCCCGCGCCGGUCAUUAUUAACCUGAAACAGGCGAUGAAAUCAGCGCGUUGCAAAAUCCCGCCCCCCAAAGAUACACACGGCCGCAGUUGGAGUUGGUAUAAAGGGGAGAGUUGGGGUGGGGGACAGGCAAGUUAACAUUCAAGAGAAGAGGAACAGGUUGGAGGAGGGGAGGCUUGGUCCGAGUAUCAUUGAGGGCUAUCAGCGGUGAAGGGUAGAAGGGCCAGACCCCACACACCCAUCCUCAGCGAGUCUCCUCCCCAGUCCAGGGUCCAGAUGAACCGCCUGCCGCUCAGCGCCAUCGCCCAGAAGCUCCAGUUCUCCAGCGACGAGGACGAGGAGGAGGAGGAUGAGGUCGGCACCAAGUUCUGCGACCUGCUUCGCGUCCAGGAAGGAGACGCCGUGUCCCCGUUGCCGACGCCCAGGCGAGAGUGCGCCUCGCCCUUCAGCCGCUUCCCGCUCGGGGCUCGGUCCACGACUCCGUCCGGGGAGAAGAAGCCGCCCCGGAGCCCGAGGGUUCGUCUGGCCUCCUGCAACGAGUGUCCCGGGACUCCCGACCAUUGCAUGAACUGGAGGAAGCUGCGGCUCGGUGACACUCCGUACACUCCCAAGAGCCUGUUCUCCAAGGCUGGGCAGAUCUCCACUGCCAACAAAGGACCCGUCUCGAGGAUUCGCCGACCGUUGGGCUUUGGUCCCAGUUCCGACCAGCACUGGGUUCCAACGGUGAAUGUGAACCCCUUCACCCCAACUCUGUACCAUGAACUGGGACGUGCACGCAGAAGAAAAAAUGAGCAAAUGGGGAAAAGGCGAAAGAGAAUUGAAGAAAGAGGCCGUAGGAAACGUCUUGGGAUGAUGGAGAGAGCCACUGCUGAAGAAUUGGUGCGACAAUCAGAGAGGUUCAACAUCUGUGAGAGCAUGGGUUCCCGCUACGCCACAGAAUUUUGCGAGUUGGAGAAGAUUGGAAGUGGAGAGUUUGGGGCGGUGUUCAAGUGCGUGAAGCGACUGGAUGGCUGCCUGUAUGCCAUCAAACGGCUGAAGAGGCCUUUGUCUGGCUCAGUAGAUGAGCAGUCUGCGCUGCGUGAGGUGUACGCACACGCCGUGCUAGGGCAUCACCCCCAUGUGGUUCGCUACUAUUCAGCCUGGGCAGAGGACGACCACAUGCUGAUUCAGAACGAAUACUGUAAUGGGGGCAGUCUGGCAGACGCACUGAUGGAGAAUUUACUGGAGGGGAUUCUACUGACUGAGGGGGAGCUGAAGGAGAUCCUACUGCAAGUAUCAAUGGGACUGAAGUACAUUCACAGCUCCAGUCUGGUUCACAUGGAUGUUAAGCCAAGUAACAUCUUUAUUUGCCAAAGUGUGACACCUGAUGUGAUUAGCUGUGUGGAAGACGAGAGUGACACUGAUGAGGAGGGAAGUUUGGUAACUAACAUACUGUACAAACUUGGUGACCUUGGCCACGUGACAUCGCUGUCCAAUCCGCAGGUAGAGGAAGGAGACAGUCGCUUCUUGGCAAACGAAAUAUUGCAAGAGGACUAUUCAAACCUGCCCAAAGCCGACAUCUUUGCCCUGGGCCUUACCAUGGCGCUGGCUGCGGGAGUGGAUGAGCUGCCUCAGAAUGACCUGGCUUGGCACUACAUCAGGAAGGGCAACCUUCCUACAAUCCCUCAGCAGCUCUCGCAUGAAUUUCUCAAUCUCCUGAAUCAACUGAUCAGCCCAGAUCCCGUGCACCGGCCCUCCUCUGCUGCUCUCACCCGGCACCCUAUUCUUCGGAGAAAUUCCAACAAAAUGGCUUCCCAGCUCCGGAAAGAACUCAAUGUGGAACGUUUCAGGACAGCAAUGUUGGAAAGGGAAUUGAUGAACGCAAGACUCUCUCAGGGCUUUCCACAGUCUGAUGUUAAAUCUCUGCAUCCAGGGAAGAGACAAGUUCUCCCAGACAAGAGCCAAAGGAUGGUGGGGGGUCGAUCCAGCCGCUCGAUGAGUUUCAACUGUGGACGCUACUGAGGACCAAUGUUACUGGGAAAGAGGAGAAUGGAAACUGGUAACAAUCUCUGGUUUUGGAUUCACUUCAGUAGCACUAGCAAUGGCUUCAAGUCUUAACUUGCCCAAAGGUAUUGGCAUGUUUGAAGAAUAUCAAAUUUGCUCACCACUGAUCGACCUUGGACCUUGAAUACAGUGCACAUCUGAUGUGCUAUAGCACUGUCUUGAUUAUUUUUAAUUUAAACUAGUUUCUAUAAUCUGUAAAUAUUGCUUUUUAAUUCUUCCUGUUCCUGAUCUGUCAGGAGGUAACAUCUCAAGGUACUAACCAUUUAGCAGAUUGAACUACUUAAUCCUUUUAAUGCAGCAAAUCUCUAGUUGUGGACCUGAAUCCCUGGAGAUGGGGUUUGAGACUUUUUGAUAAACUCUCUGCUUUGUGAAUGUACGUGUUGUUCAGAUGUCACUGGACAGGCUUGAUCUCCUGAGUUUGCUCAUGUGUUUGUCAUCUCCAUGUCAUGCGACUCUCCGGUAUCUGAGAGCCAGUGAUGUCUUUAUCACAGGUACAGCAGGUCUGAUCCAUUUACUGGCGUAAUAAGCCUUUACCCAGUGAGUGCAUUAAAUGGGAAACUUUCCUUGAGCUGAUCGCUGAUCAAGAAUAAACUUGUUUUUAUCUAUUUAAUUUUAAUGGAAUGAGAUUAGAGAAUUAAUAAAGUU